GCGCCCGGCUUCUCCGAGCCACCAACCUGCGGCUGCGGCUGCGGCAGCUGCCCGCGCCCCCGGCAGCACCAUGACAGAUCAGGCCUUUGUGACACUGACCACAAACGAUGCCUACGCCAAAGGAGCCCUGGUCCUGGGCUCGUCUCUGAAACAGCACAGGACCACCAGGAGGCUGGCCGUGCUCGUCACCCCACAGGUCUCGGACUCCAUGAGGAAAACUUUAGAGACUAUCUUUGAUGAAGUCAUCAUGGUAGAUGUCUUGGACAGUGGUGAUUCUGCUCAUCUAACCUUAAUGAAGAGGCCUGAGUUGGGCAUCACGUUAACUAAACUCCACUGCUGGUCACUUACACAGUAUUCAAAAUGUGUAUUCAUGGAUGCAGAUACUCUGGUCCUAGCAAAUAUCGAUGAUCUUUUUGAGAGAGAAGAAUUGUCUGCGGCACCAGACCCAGGGUGGCCUGACUGCUUCAAUUCUGGAGUCUUUGUUUAUCAGCCUUCAGUUGAAACGUACAAUCAGCUGUUGCACCUUGCUUCCGAGCAAGGUAGUUUUGAUGGUGGGGACCAGGGUUUACUGAACACGUUUUUUGGCAGCUGGGCAACAGCAGAUAUCAGAAAACACCUGCCAUUUAUUUAUAACCUAAGCAGCGUUUCUAUAUACUCCUACCUCCCAGCAUUUAAAGCAUUUGGUGCAAAUGCCAAAGUUGUGCAUUUCCUAGGACGAAUCAAACCGUGGAAUUAUACUUACGAUCCUCAAACAAAAAGUGUCAGAAGUGAGUCCCACGAUCCCACUGUGACUCAUCCAGAGUUUCUCAACCUGUGGUGGGACAUCUUCACUACCAGCGUUUUACCUCUGCUUCAGCAGUUUGGCCUUGUCAAAGACACCCGCUCAUACGUACACGUGCUUUCAGACUUGGUCUAUACACUGGCUUUCUCUUGUGGCUUCUGUAGAAAGGAAAAUGUCUCAGGAGCCGUAUCACAGCUGUCCCUUGGGGAGAUCCCAGCUACGGCACAGCCUUUUGUAUCCUCAGAAGAACGGAAGGAGCGGUGGGAACAGGGCCAGGCUGAUUACAUGGGAGCAGAUUCCUUUGACAACAUCAAGAGGAAGCUGGACACUUACCUCCAGUAGAAACACUGCCCUUUUCCGUGGACACAUCCACUUCACAGGCACUUGUUUCCGAUACUUAGUAUCUAGAGCUGGGUUAAGAAGGGUCUGUUACAGUUGUUAGAGGCUUUCAUUAAAAUCCAUCAGAUGUGGGUGGGGGGUUUUGCAGGACAACUGGUGAGAGCUGGGCAAAAGUUAAGUAGCAAUUCUGUUAUAUGAACGACAGUUCUGCUUUUUAACCCUCAGCUUGUAUUUCAGAAAUUCUCAAUUAUGCUGAUUGCCAACAUACGCGGUAAGGGACACUCAAAUCUUAAGCGGUUAAGAUGGCUGUAUCAACUCUUAAAAUGUGCCAAGCCAGGCUCCAAAUCAGCCUCCCUUCACAUUGGGACACAGUACCUAUCUCUUGCUUGCUUGUUGUACCCUUCACUAGACCUGCAUUUUAGAAUGGCCCAGAGGCUGCCAGAGUGAUUGUAAUUCUGCUUUCAAGUAAAGACAACCUAUAAGAACACUGCUGAGUGAUUUCAUAAGCAUAUCAACAAAUGGUGUUAACCCAUUUCAUUUCCUAGUCUUAGUCUGAAGAUGUUCAGCAGUUUUCUAUGUACAGUAAGGCGGCAUGCUAAAAUGCUUUCGUUCAGUUCUGUAUAUCUGAAAACAGCAGUGAUGGUUACCUACAGUGGCACCUUGUAUGAAAAAUAAAGAUUUCUUGACAUAUCUCGGUUGUCUAAUUCAAUUAAGG